AGCACCUCGCCUGCCUCGUAUCUGAGUCAUCCGAGUCAAAGCAUGCAGCAAACGAGUGAAUUUACUGGUGGCAUUCAUGGUGACACCGUCAUUGCCGGGACGACCACUGCGGCUGGCGGGACGACGAACUUCAUUAUUUCAAACGAGCCGAGCCGAAAACGCAAGCCUUUCUCCGCCGUCCCGUUCGCCCCAGACCCAGACUUCGUCGACCGGCCUGAUACUCUAGCGUGGAUCCACGACAAGUGUGCAAGAUCGGGCGCUCGCGCCGCGCUCGUCGGUCUAGGCGGCGUAGGAAAGUCGCAAAUAGCCAUCCGAUACUGCCACGAGAUCCGCGAUACAUCGCCGCAAACGUCCGUCUACUGGGUGCACGCCAGCACUAAGGCCCGGUUCGAAGAAGCGUACAGAGACAUUGCAGACCGGCUGGAGCUUCCAGGGCGAGAGAAUCCGAAGGCCGACAUUUUACGGCUGGUCCGCAACUGGCUGUGCGAGGAGACAAACGGCCAAUGGACGAUGAUCCUGGACAACGUCGAUAACCUCGAGACCUUCUUCCCGUCGCGAGACGGUAAGAAAGACGAGCCGUCGAGAAGCCCGCCGGCAUCGCUGGCGGCUUACCUCCCGCAAAGCCGGAACGGAUCGAUCCUGAUCACUUCUAGGAACAAGGAUGCAGCAGCCAGACUAGCAGGAGGCUACAAGAAUAUCAAGGAGGUACGGGCAAUUAACGAGACCCAAGGCCUACAGCUCCUCCGGAACAAGCUGCAGGACGCGUUAACCGACGACGCAAUUGAUCUGCUAUGUGCUCUCGAUUAUAUCCCUCUUGCAAUCACCCAGGCCGCUGCAUACAUCAACCGGCGAGCUCGAAUGACGAUCUCUAAGUACCUCGACGAGUUUCGUAGAAACAACAACAAGAGAGAAAAUCUCCUAAAUUGGGAUACAGGCGAUAUCCGUAGGGACGACAGUGCAUCUAACUCGGUAGUAACGACGUGGCAGAUGUCGUUUGAGCGUAUUCGUGAAGAAAGGCCUUCUGCUACAGACUUGCUGUCGCUUAUGAGCUUCUUUAACCCGCAAGGAAUUCCAGAGUCAAUACUUCGAAGGCAUAAUAGGACAGCCAGUAGGAUAGUGGCAAAAUCAGGCUGCGAGGACGAGGCUAACAAUAAAUUCGACGAAGACUUUGAUACCUUACAAGCUUACUCCCUUGUUGCUGUGACACCCGAGACUGACGCGUGUGAGAUGCACGCCCUGGUACAGUUCUGCACACAAGUCUGGCUGUCGUCGUUUAGCGAUGCGGAGUGGUGGAAGCAACAAUUCGUACAAUUAAUGGCACGAGAGCUGCCUACCGGCGAGUUUAAGAACUGGGCGAAGUGCCAGCAACUGCUUCCGCACGUUGAAUCGUUGUAUAACGCUGAGCCGGUGACUGACGAGUCCGUAAAGGACUGGGCUCAGAUUCUUACAAAUGCUGCGUGGUAUAUGUGGAUGAUAGGGAGGUAUAAGACAGGACAAGACAUAGCAGCAAAGGCACUUAAGGCUAGAGAAAGAGUGUAUGGAGAAGAUGAUCGAUUAACACUAGAUAGUGUUAACCUUCUAGCGUUGGUGCUGAGCUAUCAGGGGAAGUACUCGGAGGCAGAGAAGCUUCACCGGAAAGCGCUAGAAGGAAGGGAGAAAGAGCUAGGUGUACAGCACCCAGAUACGCAGAUCAGCAUAGGCAAUUUGUCUACUGUGCUAGAGCGCCGAGGGAAAUUCGAAGAAGCUGAGACUUUGAAACGACGAGUAUUGGAGGCUCAUGAGAAGGAUUUGGGGCCACGACACCCUCAUACAAAAUUCGAAGAAGCUGAGACUUUGAAACGACGAGUAUUGGAGGCUCAUGAGAAGGAUUUGGGGCCACGACACCCUCAUACACUGACGAGUAUAAGCCUCCUGGCAUCAGUGCUAGCAAGCCGGGGGAAGUACUCGGAGGCGGAGAAGCUGAACCGGCGAGCGGUGGAAGGGAUGGAGAAGGAGCUGGGUGUACAGCACCCAGAUACGCUGACGAGCGUGGACAACCUGGCGGGCGCGCUGCAAGGUCAGGGGAAGUACUCGGAGGCGGAGAAGCUUCACCGGAGAGCGCUGGAAGGAAGGGAGAAAGAGCUGGGUAUACAGCACCCAGAUACGCAGAUCAGCAUAGGCAAUUUGUCUACUGUGCUAGAGUGCCGAGGGAAAUUCGAAGAAGCUGAGAUUUUGAAACGACGACUAUUGGAGGCUCAUGAGAAGGAUUUGGGGCCACGACACCCUCAUACACUGACGAGUAUAAGCCUCCUGGCAUCAGUACUAGCAAGCCAGGGGAAGUACUCGGAGGCGGAGGGGCUUCACCGGCGAGCGCUGGAAGAGAGGGAGAAGGAGCUUGGAAUGGACCAUCCUGAUACACUAACUUCCGUCUACUGCCUUGCCUAUCUUUUACACAAGCGCAGCCGAUAUAAGGAGGCGUCCGAGCUCUACCAGAGAGCAUCCAACGGCUACAAGCAGAAGCUCGGUUCUCAGCACCCGACAACUAUUGCGUGUCUGAAUCACUUUACAGCUAUGCAACAAGAGGCAAAGGAGAAAAGACAAGGACCAAGCAGGACAGCAGUUGACAAUGAUAAUGAGGAGCUUAGAGAGAUACCCACCGAGGGUGCUAGUACUCUGCGUAGCAGCGAGGCUAUGCCUGAGCAAGCCAGCAGCGGCUUGAAGAGCAAAAGAGACUCAAUUUACACGCGCUUGAAAGGGAGGAUGCAUAGAAAAGAUCUAUAG